AUGAUGGUGAUGAAAGAACGGGACAAGAUUCUUGAAGUUCCAAAAGAGUACUGGCCGCAAGCCGUGGUGGACUGGCACAACAAGGGCAUUCAAUAUGAUUACAAGAGCAAGUACACUACUUCUGAACUCAAAGACAAAGCCAGGAAGCAUCUCUCGGCCAUGGGAUGGAGGUUCUGGUACAUCAAUAAGGGCAACAACAAGUUGGAGUUGCGCUAUGAUUCGCCCAAUGGGAAGACCUAUCUCUCUCUCCGCACGGCAUGCACGGCCUGUAUUCACCAAGGAGGUGUUUCCGAGAGCGUUGCUUCUAAUACUACCUUUUCUGAUAAUUAUAACAAUGACGUUUCGACUUCUAACCCUAAAGAAACCAUUCGACUUUCUCAGAAAGUCCAGAGUCCUUUGGUUUCCCCUAAAGCUGCCACAAAUGUAGUUCAAGAACAUUCAGAGACGCCGUCGAGAAAGUCGGUCUCCAGAAAGCGGUCUGCCGAGUCUUCUUCUUCUUGUUGCAGCACGCCAAAAAGGAGUAAGAAAUUAAAGAAGAUGAGAAACAUUAUUGAUCUGGAACAACAAGCCGAGAGCAAAGAGUUUGAAAACCACCCCAUCUCUUCUUCAAGUUUGAAAAAACCAAAAGUGGCUGAAGAUUUGAAAAAGUUAACCAGGGAUGAAAACGAAGAGCCUGGGUCGUCAAAGAAAAAUAUACCAGCCAGGAUUCUGUGUUGGUUGAUAGACAACAAUAUAGUGGUUCCUGGUGCGAAAGUGCAAUAUCGCUCAAGAAAAGCAACGGGGAAGAUUACCCGACAAGGUAUCCAAUGUGAUUGUUGCUCCGACGUUUUCAAACUAUCUGAGUUUGAAAAACAUGCUGGUAGCACAAACCACAGACCAGCCGCCAAUAUUAUUUUGGUAGAUGAUGGAAGAUCAUUAAUGGAUUGCAAGGUGCAGUUGAUGAAAAAUAGCACGCAACCGAUUAGAAGCACCACCACUAUUCGCAAUAUGGAACAGAAGGACGACCAACAAAUAUGUGGGUCGACUAGUGAUGAUAUUUGCUCUGUUUGUCACUACCAGGGCGAACUGAUUAUCUGUGAUCGUUGUCCAUCCACAUUCCAUCCUAAUUGCGUGGGUUUGAGUGAAGUUCCAGAUGAUGAAUGGAUAUGCCCUUCAUGUUGCUGCGGAGUCUGUGGCGAAUGUGUUGAAGAUCUUCUCAUCUGCCACCAAUGUGAGCUUAAAUACCACACUGGCUGUGUCAAAGACAAUGCAAGAAUUGUUAAUUUUCAAGGCAGACAAUCCAAAGGGGAUUGGUUUUGUAGCAGAGAAUGUGAAAACGUAUGUUUGGGUCUCAAGAAAAUUUUGGGAAAAUCUCUCCCCGUUGGCGGUGACAAGAAGCUAACAUGGACAUUGUUGAAGUCAAAAAACUCAAGCAAUGCUUCUCUCAAAUCCUCAGAGAAGCUCAAUAUGGCUCUUAAAGUGAUUCAUGAGUGUUUUGAACCUUGUAAAGAUCCUUACAACAACAGAGAUGUGGCUGAAGAUGUUGUGUUUAACAACGAGUCAGAUCUGCGGCGUCUCAAUUUCAAAGGUUUCUAUAUGGUUGUUUUGGAGAAAGGUGAUGACUUAGUUACUGUAGCAACCGUAAGGAUCUAUGGAGAGAGACUUGCAGAAGUGCCUCUUGUUGCCACAAGAUUUCAAUAUCGCAGACUUGGAAUGUGCAGGGUUUUGAUGAAUGAACUUGAGAAGCAGCUUUCGGUUUUAGGAGUAGAGAAGCUCACUUUGCCUGCAAUUGCUACUACCCUGGAGACUUGGAUUAAUCGCUUUGGUUUCUCCAAAAUGACUCUUGCUGAGAGAUCACAGCUGCUUAAAUAUACUUUCUUGGAUUUCCCUGACACAGUCAUGUGCCAAAAAUUCCUAAAGAAAUCAACUUCGUCAACACCAAGUUGGUCGGAUACCAUCUCUGUAAUCACUCAGGCAGAAGAACAAAGAGGAACAGAAUGGUGUUGUGGACCAAUUCCUCAGGGAAUUCUUGCAAAUAGAGAAUGUACAGUUAGAGAAGCCAGUAAUGGAUACUUCCGGAUCCCCAAGCAGAUGAAGAUACCAGCCUUAAGAACAUAG